GGGUACGUUCAAAUUAAUGGCUCGGAUCUUUCUCAAGAUCUCAUAAACUUAGCAAACACAAUCGCCUCCAGUUAUGCUGGCGACCCGGUGAUGUUGCGAUCUUCACAAACUUUUAAUGGCCGUAAUGGUGACGUUAUACAAGCGAGAAAAAAAUACGACGGUUGUGUUCGUGAGUUAGAUGUACUGCGCCUCAGAGCACGUGAGCAAGACUAUUUUCAUAGUCAAAACCUAUUCGAUUGGAUUUUACAUUUAAUUGAGCACCAUAUUUCAAAUCUUCCUUAUGCAACACAAAGGCUUAAAAACGAAUACGAUCUAUAUGCGAACGAAAAUCUACAAAUACUCAGUAAUUAUUAUGCGGAUUCUCCAAUUCUUAGACGGCUAGCAGAACUCGCGUUUGAUAGCCUGUUGUUACCUAACGAUUCGAAACUUUCAAAUGG